AAGGAGCCUUUAGAUAAACAAGAAAAAGCUAUAAAUCUCAUGUUAACUUCCACUUUUCAACUCUGCUCAGUCAGCAUGGAAGAAAGCUGUGUGGGUUUUGUAUUUUAAAUGUUGUUUAAAUAGAGGUGCCUAAUACGCCAUGUUCUUACUUUUGUGUAGUGCUUGCGAUGCUCCUUCAAUUUUCAAGAACUGAUUUCUGAAUAAUGAUAUACUUAUGUGUCUCUUUUUACUUAAGAAGUUUCAAAGGCAAAUGAGUCUUACAGUCAAAGUAUAAAGAAUACUUUGCAUGAAACCUAGAAGGUACUUUUAAAUAGCAAAUCUAUAGGAAAUUCUUGUAGCUACCAAGAAUAAAUAUUUUUGUACAAUUACAUGGAAUGGAGGUUUUUGUAAUGUAUAGAUAAGUAUAGUUUCUUCUAGCAGUCGAACCGCUUGAAGAACAUGUAGGUACGCUUUGUGCUUAAAAAUCUUCCUGAAAAUCACUAUGGACUUCUUAUUGAUGGAAAAAUAGUAAAUAUUUGGACGAAAAUUUACAAUGCGUAGCAGUUUUUAUAGCAUCAGAACAAUAUUAUUGUGUGAACAAGGCUUGGUACUUUCACACUAAGCAUUUUGAACUGAUAAAUUAUGUGUAUUUGUGGAAUAGCAUAAUAGCUAUAAAAUCUUAGUGUUCCCUUUAGAGUAAUUUUGUCAGCAUCUGGCAGAGUUCUAGAGAUACAGUUUGCAGGUCUGAUCUAUAUUUUGGUUUAAGGAAUCUGAAACAAAAAAAUGCCUGCAGAAACUAAUUUGCCUUUGUGAUGCCAGCUUGCCAGAAUUCUCAUGCUUGGGCAAUUUUUUGACCUUUUUAAUGUUUUGCAUGCUGAGCUGCCACAAACAAAUUUAACGUUUUCUAGAUUAUAGAGAUACGAGGAUUUUUUUCACUGUGGUAACAAGGUCCACAUUUGUGGUAAAAAGGUAAGUCUGUAUUUGUGCUUUGACAUUUGAGGGCAAUCUCUAUGGUUGCCACAGAGCAGAAAAGAAACAACAACUGAUUGCUCUCUAUCCUUUACUGUUCUGUAGAAGUGCUGUUUCACUAAAGUUUUUGGGUCUCACAAUGCAUGUAUAUUUCUGAUGUAUUUAUAUGGAAGAAACAGUAAGACUCCCAUCUGAUGAAGGAUUUUGAGGAUGAUGAGGAUGAUUGUGUUUCCAGUAACUGCUGCUCCUCAAAAUCUUUCAUUUGCAUGUCAUGGCCAGAAGAAAACAAAGUGCUCUCUUUUAGACUGGAAAAAUGAGGGCAGCACACACGCAUGCACAAAGAUGACUAUGGUGUGUUUGAAAAUGCUCUCUUUUUACCAGCUGUGAAGGAGAGGUGCGUAAACUCACUGUGGCACAAGUACUCAGAUAGGCUUUCUCGUGCUGAAGCAAAGUUCAUUAACACCUGCGAGAGCAAUAUUUCCCCAGGCUUGCAUCCAUUGUGGUUAAACUUGGUUGUUAAUGCUCAGUAAUGCUCAUCCUUGUGGCCUUUGUCUGUCUCUCUCGCUAUUUUGUAGCAUUGUUUUUUGAAAGCAAUAUCCAAACAUUUCCAGAAUAUUAGAAAUAUUUCAGAACUGGGCAAAAUCCUGCCAAAAAGAACGAGUCUGUCAGGAGCAGGGGCUGGAGGGGACAUGGCUUGCACUGACCCUGGCACAGAGAACAGCACAUGCUAAACAAGGGACAGGAGCAGGGGGGCAAAUGGGGUGACUGGGAGGAAGAGCAUUCCUUUCAUAUAAUCUGCUGUCUAUAGCUUUGCAAUCUGUUGUGAUCUAUACAGUAGGGAGUGUGUUUGCAGAGGGGAGCCCUGGAGUAGCUGUCUGCUCAAGUCUGUACGUGCUAUUCAAUGGGUUCUAGUUUCCAUUCCAGGAAAGCAGUAUCACCAGAUCUGAGUAAGAGGAGACUGCACAUAAACAAAGAAGCCAGCUGACUCCCUGCAUCAAACGCUCCUGGCUAGCCCUUCCACUGAGAAUUCACCCCAGCCUUACCAGGAGGAGAAGCAUUUUGGCUCUGCAUGUACUAUUAAGCCUACAACCUCCACAGACUGGAAAUUUUGCUGUUUCAUUUUCAUCAGUGAAUAAUUAUGAUAUCUCUUUGCUUUAGCAAACUGGAAAAUGGAAAUGAAGAGAAAUACAACAAAGUUGCUGUGGCUGUUGAUGUUCUUCUCUGAUAACGUGCCAUUCAGCUAUGAGAAAUCAAUGAGAGAGCGAGCUAUCGAGCUGAUGCAAGAUGCACGUUUAAUCGAUGGCCACAAUGACUUCGUACUGCGGCUGAGAAUAUUUUACCAAAAUAGACUCAGUAAGGUCAAUUUAAGAGAACUCAACAAGACCCACACAAACCUUGCGAAACUUCAGGCUGGUUAUGUGGGAGCUCAGUUUUGGUCAGUGUAUGUUCUUUGCAGCGCUCAGAAUAAGGAUGCUGUGCGUCUGACCUUAGAGCAAAUUGAUGUUGUCAAGAGGAUGUGUAACAGCUAUGAAGAGCUUGAACUUGUGACAACUUCCCAAGGUAUCUCUGACAGUAGAAGGAUCGCAUGUUUGAUUGGAAUAGAAGGUGGUCACUCCAUUGACAGCAGUUUGGCAACACUGAGGAUGUAUUAUGACCUUGGUGUUCGUUACAUGACUUUAACACAUUCCUGCAAUACACCUUGGUCUGAAUCAUCAUCUAAAGGAAUACACAACUUUUAUCCUAGUGUUAUUGGUCUGACUGCAUUUGGCCAAGAAGUGGUAAAGGAGAUGAAUCGCCUGGGUAUGCUGAUAGAUUUAUCUCAUACUUCAUAUUCCACAGCAAAAGCUGCACUGAAUAUCUCAAAAGCACCAGUGAUUUUCAGCCAUUCCUCAGCAUUUUCUAUCUGUAAUCACUCAAGAAAUGUUCCUGAUGAUAUCCUCCAGCAACUGAAAAAGAACAAGGGAAUUAUCAUGGUGACUUUCAAUGCAGAUGUACUGGCCUGUGGCAGAAAAGUUGUUAAUGUUUUUACCCUUGCAGACCAUUUUGACCACAUAAAGAAAAUUGCAGGUUCAGAAUCAAUAGGAAUUGGUGGUGACUAUGAUGGAGUGGAAAGUUUCCCUCAGGGAUUGGAAGACGUUUCUAAAUACCCUUCUUUGAUUGAGGAACUUCUUAGAAGAGGAUGGAAUGAAACUGAGGUGAAAGGGGUCUUAAGGGACAACUUUCUCCGUGUCUUCAGGGAAGUGGAAAAUGUGCGGAACAUUAGUGGACUAAUGGAUGUAGGUGAAAGUGAAAUUCCGCAAGAAGAAGUACAAAAUUCCUGCCGCCUAGACCUACAUAAUCAUCAGCUUCAGACAGCCAGGUCCUUCGGAUUUCCUUCUGUGGCACAACCUUUUAGUCUGACACUUGCAACUGUAUCGUAUUUAAUAUUCUAUUAUGAAUCAUAAGAUCUAUGGAGUCUAGAGACAGAUAUAUGGAGUAAUCUGCAAUGCAGCUAGCUAUCUUUUUUAGGUUUUCUUAAUGUAAAGCUAUGCAAAUUUUUUAAUAUAAUUUCUAUAAAUUCACCUGCAUACUUGAAAGUUAAUGUAGAUUUUAAGUGUUGUAGCAAAAGCAUUUAGAAUUUGAAGUGAUAAAUUCUGUGUCGUUUUGGCUAAACCAGGACCAACAUUGUUAAUGGAAAGUAUUCACAUAUAAUGAAUAAAUUCUCUAAUACCUGA